AUGGACCCCCCCCUUCCAGACUCCGACACAACCCUCCACGAGGUGUUUUAUCGGAACGUCGUGAAAUACCCGGAUGCCGUCGCCCUCGUCAGUACACAGCAAGCCUCUACUCUCUACGGAAUCCCGAGCCUGCCCAUCGGCAACGCUAAGCGUGAAGCGGACUAUCUACGAUGGACCUACCGGGACCUCGAUCGUGCUAUCCAGCGAUUUGUCAUUGACCCAUUGAUUAUGUUUAUGCCAAAUACCGCCGAAUAUGUCAUUGCCACUUGGGCUGCGUACCAAAUCGGAUGCGCCUACAUCCCAAUCAACCCCACGGGUCUGGGCAAUGCCAGAGAGAUGCGACACAUGCUGCAGACGGCGAUCAAAGGAUGUCAAUCACACUUUUCGGGCAUCAUUGCCGGAACGUCUGAUAUGUGUGCGCGUAUUGAAGAGUUGACGUCCGAGCUGAACUGCAUUCGGAUAUUGGUCGAAGGGGAGAUGGAUGAGUGGACACCUUUUAAGGAGUUGAUGCAGAAUCCAGCUCCAGAUUUCCAGCAAAGCCUAUGCAGAGAUCACCACUCAGAACAUUCUGAUCGAACGAUCUUCUUCACCAGUGGAACGACAUCUCUCCCAAAAGGUUGCAUUAUGCCAUCAGCGUACGGCUUUGCGGCCGCCUUGUGGUGGCGCCAAAGCAGUGUUCCUAUGCUGCCUGGGGAUCGGGUAUUAUUUACAAUGCCAAAUAACCACGGGUUUGGUUGGCUUUGUAUCAUAUCCGGCUUCCUUAACGCAGGCACAGUUGUGCUCCCAGGACCAAGAUUCGUUCCAGAGGCUGUGAUAAAGGCUAUCCGGGAGGAGGGCCAAUAUAUCGCUUGCAUCCGGGAAGCUGAGUUCCCUUCGGCGGAUUGUAAUGGGAGGUUCUCCCCCAAGCGAAGAGGUCAUCAGGAUCGCCCUCAAUACCUUAGGUGCGUCGGGGUGGAAAAUCUGUACGGUAUGACCGAGGGCAUCCUUGUCUCUUCUGGCGUCGUCAGCCAAAUCAGUGGUAUUGUCAAAGACAGAGAUGUUUCUAUCGGCACGCCACUCCCUGGCAUGACUGUCCGUCUAUACGCCAAGGACAGCAAGGUGCCAACUGGGGCUGGAGAGGCUGGCGAGAUGCACUUCUCAGGUCCAAGUCUGAUCAAGGGAUAUAUCGGAGGAGCCGAUGCCAAUUUCUACAACGGAGAGGAUGGCCGUCCUUGGUUCCGCACAGGCGAUAAAGCCUUCAUUGGUGCCGACAAUCGUCUCUACCUGAUUGGCAGGUACAAAGACACCAUCAUCCGCGGAGGCGAGAACAUUGAACCAUCAGCCAUCGAGGCGGUUCUAGGUCAAAUCCCCGAAAUCAACGCUCUUCAACCUCAGGUUGUACGCACACCGGACAAUGUUGCCGGUGAAGUUCCUAUUGCCGUUGUGAACCAGGAAGUCGAUGGCUACACGGCAAAUGCAAUUAAAGACACCGUUUUGGCGCGGAUGGGAAAACUUUAUGUGCCGGCAGACGUGAUACCGGUGCAGUCACUAGGACACGAAAUAUACCCGAGGAACAUGGCAGGAAAGGUUGAGAAGACCAAACUAGAAGCUCUAGUCAGGAUAUACCGGGAGCGCCAUCAUACGCAGGACAAUCACCGUAUCGAUGGGCCCAUUUCAGGACCUCAAGUGAUGCAAUCAUUGUGCAUGGCCAUUGAAAAAGAGAAAGGACAUCCAAUUGACCUCUCUAUUCGAAUGAUUGAGCUGGGAGUUGAUUCAAUCUUGUCUAUCGCAAUUCUCAAGCGCGUCAAGAUAGAAACAGGAGUAUCAUUACCGUCAUCUCUGUUCUUCACCCAGGCAACAGUCAGUGCCAUCUGCCAACAGAUCAGUUCAAUUUCAGACACCCCAGACUUUCUCAAUUUCACACCUGCCAUGGAAGAUGCACCUAGCAAUGUAUGCUUUUCAGUCCUGCUCCAGGGGACCCCUAGAUCCGGCGUUCCCUCCCUCUUCCUGACCCCUCCAGGCUCCGGGAAUGCCUUCGUGUACAGAACACUGCCCAAGUUUGCCAAUGACCGCGCAGUCUACAGCUUUGGCUCUCCAUUCCUCAUGACCAAAUCAGAAUCCUCUUGGACGAUAGAAGAAACUGCCGUCAUCUACGCAAACACCAUUCGCAGCAUUGAUCCUCAAGGGCCAUAUAUACUAUGCGGCUGGUCAAUGGGAACAGCCACUGCAUAUGAGACCGCAUACCAGCUUCACGAACAGGGAAAGCAAGUUCUGGGGAUAAUCAUGCUGGACUUGGCAUUGCCUCGGCCACCCCCUACGAUCCCGGAGGCAACCGUCGAGCUGUUUGAAAUGAUGGGCGUAUUCCCCCCAAUUCGUCGUGAGGGCAAACCGGACGUGGAGAUUCCCGCUUUCCGGAAGAAGCAUCGAGUCGCAGCUUACUAUGCGAAAAUGAAAUAUACGCCUCGUCCCUUCAAGACAUCGGGAAGUGCAAACCGACCGCGGAUAUUUGUUAUCUGGGCUGGGCAUGGCGACCAUGACAGGAUGGCAGCCAUGGUUCUCGAAGCAAUGGAUGUUUUGAAGAGAGAAGGACCGGGCACAAAGAUGAAAAUUAGCUAUGACUGGCUUCAUGUCCCGCGUGAAUCUUUUGAUGCUGGCGGCUGGGACGAAAUGGUUGGACCAGAGUAUGUCGAGUGGGGCAUUGUAGAAGACGCAGAUCAUGACACGCUUAUAGAGUCAGAAGAACUGGUGGUUUUGACCAAGGGCUUGAUGGAAGAGACAAUGGAUAAAUGGUUGCGAGAAGUGGAGGUUAAGCCGAACGGUUCAGGUUGA